AUGUCUGGAGCCAUCACUCAAGAACCAGCUGCGAUGAUUCAAGAGGAAGAAAAACCAAUUUCGAGUCAUACAUCUACGCAGUCUUCGUCUUUGCCCACAUUAUCGACGUCUUCACCAUCAACAUCAUCUCACUGGUCCGAUGCGAUAUGGAACAAGCUCGCAGCCCUCAGUGCAUUCAGAGAUUCUUCGUCAUCGUCUUCAAAGACAAAGAAACAGCGCCGACCAUCUGUAGUUCGUCGACAGACGAUGUCAGGACCAAUUUCUGGUGCACCGGGCUUUGAUCCCGAUGCAUCUGCUCGUUGGAAUCACGGGCAUUGGUCUAUGCAUGCAGAUCAAGAGCAUGAGCGCGAUAGGCUUCCGAUUCCUGUCGAACUCAAGCAAAGACGCUAUGACACAGACCCUGUUAUUGAGCCAUGGCAUGCAGCUCGUAUUCAAGCACUCUUUCCGCGUCGACUCCGUCUUGGGAAGACAUGGUCAUUGCUUUACUCUUUAGAUCAACACGGUGCAAGUUUGUCGACAUUGUACAGCCGCGUUGGACGACUUUCUAGUGACAUGACGUCAAUGACAAGUGGUCCUAGCGAGGCGUGGCUGCGUGGAUCCUCUGCAGCCGCACGAUCUGCCGCCCUAGGAACCUCAGCUCCUGCCGCGUGCACAAGCUUAACUGCCAGUGCAACUAAUUCUAUGAUGGACUGUGCCGUCGUACUUGCCGUUAGAGAUGCAGAUGACAAUAUAUUUGGCGCGUUUGUCAAUGAACCUUUUCAUGUGGCUUCGCACUAUUACGGAAACGGACAAUGUUUCCUGUGGAAGACCGUGCAGCGGCGUUUGCCUGCAGUACCAGAAAUAACAGAUGGUGAUGCAAGCAAGCACGACGACUUGCAUCCUGACCGAGCCAUUGAGUACUUUCGCUGGUCAGGCGAAAACGACUAUAUGGUCUUAUCUGAAUCUGAUUACCUGUCUGUGGGUGGGGGGGAUGGUCGUUACGGCUUGUGGCUCGACGAUACAUUGACGAAUGGCUUGUCUGGACGGUGCCCUGCAUUCCAUAAUGAGGUGUUGUGUGAUCCACACGAAAGUAAUGCGAGCCAUGCUGCCGAUAAUGCACCAAAACCACCAGCAGACCUGCUGGGCCCCGUAGACGAGACCCAGAAUCAAGUGGAAUCACAGGCAAACAUGUCAGAAACAAAACGCUUUUCAUGCAUAGGUUUAGAGGUUUGGGCUGUAGGGAUAGAAUGA